AUGAUCCGGACUCGUGUAGACAUGGGCGCGACGGCAAAUCCAAUGGCUGCUCAGCGACAGGAGCAGAUCUUGAAAGAGCAGAAGGCCGAGGCGGAAGCCUUGGCCCACUAUUAUGGAACAACGAUUGAGAAGAUGUCGGAGACGUUUCGCUCGCACUCGUGGAAGUCGAAUGUGAAGCCGCCCUACCACAAGCCAGUGCGGAUGCAGUCGCUGCCUCCAGUCAUGAAGCCGCCGGAGCGGGUCUUCUCCACCUUCGCUCCCUCCCUCGUGGGUGCUGCAGGCCUCGGCCAGGGACCAGGCAACUUCUGCCAUGGCACCAUCGGUGGCGCGGCUGAAAAGCGGGUCCCGGGUCCUACGGCAGGAGAUUCAGACUGCAGCUUCAUGCUCGGCAUUCUGGUUGGUCAUAGGUGCCUCGGAGGCUUGCCUUCGGUCGCCGUCGGCUCUGUGCGGACCAAGAAAUGGAAGCCCUUCCAUUCCAUGUACCGUGCAAACCGCUUGCGCGAGAUUCGGCAGAAGGAGGCGGACGAUGCCAAGGUCGCAGCUGAAGAGGCGGCUUCAUCCGAAGGGACCACCGUGCGGAAGGCAACUGAGAUUCGGGUCGGCACAAGCCCGUUUCAGGCAACCCGGUUGAUGCGCGCUUUCGAUGUCUUCCCAGAACAGGACUCCUUGGUCACAUUUUGGACCAGGCUUCAGGUCGAUUUGACUCGUGAAAGUGUUCGUGGCACCUGCCACCUACCACAUGGCCUCAGCCGCGACGUAAGAGUCCUGGCAUUCUGUCCCGACGAUCAAGUUGAGGAGAUGCUCGCAGCUGGGGCGGAUUUUGCAGGUAUCACGGAGCCGCUCAGAAGAAUCAACCAAGGUUGGCUGGGCUUUGACCGUUGCUUGGCAACCCCGAGCAUUAUGCCGCGAGUUCUUUCGGUGGCCAAGAUCCUAGGACCCAGGAAGCUGAUCCCCAAUCCAAAGAGUGGCUCGGUGGUCACAAACCUGAAGGCCGCCAUCAAAGAGGCCAAGGGUGGGACGCUGUUGGAGUACCGUGCAGAGGGCGAGGGCGAGGUGAAGGCAACCAUUGCUGACACCAAUUUCUCCGAUGCCAAGAUUUUGGAGAACCUGAAAUUUCUCGUGCAGACUCUCCUGAGAGCCCGACCCCGGUCAUCGACAACAGGUGAGCAAAGCGAUGCGAUGCGCAAGCCGCCUGGCACUCCCUUGAUCAAAGGAAAAGGUCCUAGUCCCAGCGAGAGCAAGGACCUUUACUUUCAAGAAGCAUAUCUUCGACUAGGGACACGAGGGCCACCCAUCCGCAUGGAUCCCGAGUCGCUGAUGCCAUCCUCUGUUGGCUACUUCAGAUAG